AGGCCGGGCUUCUCCCGAGGGGGCUGACGCUGGGACUGUGACUUACCUUGAACAGCCCGUAAGACUUUGCAAUGAAUCUUCCGCGUCGGAGUGGGAAACGGCGGCGUUCAUCAGUCUCAGACUCGUUUUCGGAAAGCGGCGGUGACAGCAGUGCCAGCCCUCAGAUCCUCUCGGGGUCGGUGCUGAGCCCGCCCCCGGGCCUGGGACGCUGCCUGAAGGACCGUGGCUGUCAGUCGGCGGCAGCCGCAGGAGAAUGCAAACAAACAGUUCCUGACGAUCACAUAGACACGCUGCUAUUGGCAAAUUGGGGACUUCCUAAAGCAGUUCUGGAGAAAUAUCACAGUUUUGGUGUAAAAAAGAUGUUUGAAUGGCAGGCAGAAUGCCUUUUGCUUGAACAAGUCCUGGAAGGAAAGAAUUUGGUUUAUUCAGCUCCUACAAGUGCUGGGAAGACUCUUGUGGCAGAAUUACUUAUUUUGAAACGGGUUUUGGAAAUGCGGAAGAAAGCUUUGUUUAUUCUUCCCUUUGUUUCUGUGGCUAAAGAGAAGAAAUAUUAUCUCCAGAGUCUAUUUCAGGAAGUAGGAAUAAAAGUAGAUGGUUAUAUGGGCAGUACCUCCCCAACAGGGCAUUUUUCUUCCUUGGAUGUUGCAGUCUGCACAAUUGAAAGAGCCAAUGGUCUGAUCAAUCGCCUCAUAGAGGAAAAUAAGAUGGAUCUGUUAGGAAUGGUAGUUGUGGAUGAAUUACAUAUGCUGGGAGACUCUCACCGAGGGUAUCUGCUGGAACUUUUGUUGACCAAGAUUUGUUAUAUUACUCAGAAAUCAGCAUUUUGCCAGGCAGAUUUAGCCAGUUCUCUGCCUAAUGCUGUGCAGAUUGUUGGCAUGAGUGCUACCCUUCCUAAUCUGGAGCUUGUGGCUUCCUGGUUGAAUGCUGCAGUCUACCAUACCGACUUUCGUCCUGUACCACUUUUAGAAUCAAUAAAAAUUGGAAAUUCCAUAUAUGACUCUUCAAUGGAGCUUGUGAGGGAAUUUCAACCCGUGCUACAAGUGAAGGGAGAUGAGGACCAUGUUGUUAGUUUAUGUUAUGAGACCAUUUGUGAUAACCAUUCAGUAUUACUUUUUUGUCCAUCAAAGAAAUGGUGUGAGAAGUUGGCUGAUAUUAUUGCCCGAGAGUUUUAUAAUCUACACCAUCAGGCUGAAGGAUUGGUAAAACCAUCUGAACUCCCACCAGUAAUUCUGGAACAAAAAGACCUCUUGGAAGUAAUGAAUCAGUUAAGACAUUUGCCUUCAGGACUGGACUCUGUAUUACAGAAAACUAUACCAUGGGGAGUAGCAUUUCAUCAUGCAGGUCUUACUUUUGAGGAGAGGGAUAUUAUUGAAGGAGCUUUCCGUCAAGGUCUCAUUCGGGUCUUGGCAGCAACUUCUACUCUUUCUUCUGGGGUGAAUUUACCUGCACGUCGUGUGAUUAUUCGGACUCCUAUUUUCAGUGGUCAGCCUCUAGAUAUUCUUACUUAUAAGCAGAUGGUUGGUCGUGCUGGCAGGAAAGGAGUAGACACAGUAGGUGAAAGUAUCUUAGUUUGUAAGAACUCUGAGAAAUCAAAAGGCAUAGCUCUACUUCAGGGAUCUCUAAAACCUCUUCGCAGCUGUCUGCAAAGACGAGAAGGAGAAGAAGUAACUGCUAGCAUGAUACGAGCUAUUCUGGAGAUAAUAGUUGGUGGAGUAGCAAGUACAUCGCAAGAUAUGCAAACUUAUGCUUCUUGCACAUUUUUGGCUGCAAGUAUGAAAGAAGGGAAUCAAGGAAUUCAGAGAAAUCAAGAGUCUGUUCACCUUGGAGCACUUGAGGCCUGUGUGAUGUGGCUGCUAGAAAAUGAAUUCAUCCAGAUUAUAGAAGCCAGUGAUGGAAGAGAAGGAAAGGUGUAUCGUCCAACACAUCUUGGUUCGGCUACUCUUUCUUCUUCACUCUCUCCAGCUGAUACUUUAGAUAUUUUUGCUGACCUCCAAAGAGCAAUGAAGGGCUUUGUUUUAGAGAAUGAUCUUCAUAUUGUCUAUCUGGUUACACCUAUGUUUGAGGAUUGGACUACUAUUGAUUGGUAUCGAUUUUUCUGUUUAUGGGAAAAGUUGCCAACUUCUAUGAAGAAGGUGGCAGAAUUAGUGGGAGUUGAAGAAGGGUUCUUGGCUCGCUGUGUGAAAGGAAAAGUAGUAGCCAGAACUGAGAGACAUCAUCGGCAAAUGGCCAUCCAUAAAAGGUUUUUUACAAGUCUUGUGCUAUUAGAUUUAAUCAGUGAAGUUCCCUUAAAGGAAAUUAAUCAGAAAUAUGGAUGCAAUCGUGGACAGAUUCAAUCUUUGCAACAGUCAGCUGCUGUUUAUGCAGGGAUGAUUACAGUAUUUUCCAACCGUCUGGGCUGGCACAACAUGGAACUGCUACUUUCCCAAUUUCAGAAGCGUCUUACAUUCGGCAUCCAGAGGGAGCUAUGUGACCUGGUCCGGGUAUCCUUACUCAAUGCACAGCGAGCCAGGGCCCUCUAUGCUUCUGGCUUUCUUACUGUGGCAGAUCUUGCUAGAGCAACUAUUGCUGAGGUAGAAGUGGUUCUGAAAAAUGCUGUGCCUUUUAAAAGUGCCCGAAAGGCAGUGGAUGAGGAAGAGGAAGCAGUUGAAGAACGUCGGAGUAUGCGAAUUAUCUGUGUGACUGGCAAAAAAAGUUUAACUGAAAGGGAAGCAGCAGCCCUUAUAGUGGAAGAAGCCAAAAUGAUUCUGCAGCAGGACUUAGUUGAAAUGGGAGUGCAAUGGAACCCAUAUUCCCUUUUCAAUUCUGGUACACAUUCAUUGACCAGUAGUGAGUCAGAAGUAAAGGAACACACAUUUAUAUCCCAAACUAAGCAUUCUUGUAAAAGAUCAAAGAGCAAAAGUAACACAAUAUUUAGUGAUUCUUAUGUUAGGCACUCACCAAAUAUAGUGCAAAAUUUAGGUAAAAGUAGAGAGUAUACAAGUCCCUGGUAUUGUAAAUUCCAGGAUAGGAAUCAAGAACAUCAGAGACAUUCCAUUUUCAGAGCAAGAAAACGGUCUUCUUUAGACACAAAUAAAGAGAAGCCAGGUACCUCUCAAAAUGAGGGGAAAACAAGCACUAUGAAAGUUGUUCAGACUUAUUCAUCUGAGAAAACAAAGGCAGCUUUGAAUUUCAGUUCAGAAAAGAGGGUCACAUCCUUUCGAGCUUGGAAACAUAGAAAGCAUCUAAAGCAAUCAAGGGACAGUAGCCCUCCAAAAGACUCUGGAAUGUAUAGAAUUGAUUUACACGGACAGAUUAUGUCUAGUCCUAUUCUUUGUGAAGACUCAUUUACCUUAAAUGAGAAGAAUUCAUCUUUUUGUGCUAAAGGAAAACAUAACAAAAUAUCACUUCCAUUACAAAUAAGGGAAAGUUGUUCAAGGAACACAAUUACUAAUGAUAUUUUUGUGGAACAUUUUGUCACAGGAUCUCAGGGUCAAAACAUGACUUGUCAAGCCACCAGCAUGACUAGUGAAAAUGACCAAGGAUUAGCUGUUGUUGAGGCAGAAAAAAAAAGUAAAGUGUUGCUACGAAAUGGUUCAGAAAACCACAACAUUUAUGUGAAACAUCAUGAUACCCAUUCAAUUAUCCAGUGCCCAGAAAAGCAACCUAACAAACAGACAUAUAACAAACAAAAACAUAUAAUAGAGAGACAAAUGCCCUGUGAGACAGUCAGUAGUUAUAUGAAUAGAGACUCAAAUGUUGCUACUAUCAUUUGUGAAAGUAUAAAGUUUAAUGCUGAAGAAAAUAAAUCAAAUCAUUUUCAGGCGUUAGAAGAUGAUAUAAAUAGAAUUGAAGUGUCCAGUGGAAUACUUCUAUCAACUGGAGCAUUUGGUAAAGUAGGAGGCCAGCGUGAACAUUUUCUAAAUUCUCCUAGGAUGCAAGAAAAAACAGAUGCUUAUGUAACAAACAAAACCCCAAAUAAUCAUGUUUCCGACUUAGGUUUAGAACUCUGUGAUUUUGAAGAUAGUUUCCACCUGGAUACUCAGUCAGAUAAAAUAAUACAACAGUUGGCAACUGAAAAUGCCAAACAAAGAGCAAAGGACACCAGCCUGUCAGCAGGGAUAAUGCAGAAGAACUUAGCCAAACUGAACUUGACGAGCUCUUUUCAGGAUGAGUUUCACAUUUCUUUUCCUGGUGAACAGCAUUCUCCAAGUGUGACUAAUAGAGGUCAUUUGGACCUUAAGACUGUAGGUACUAUGAAACAGAGUACUGAUUCACAUAGAGUUGAUAUCCUGCCUCCAGAAAGCCCAGUUUUUCAUUCUCCAAUACUAUUGGAGGAAAAUAGUCUUUGUUGUAAAGGGAAUGAACUUUCUGUUACUGACUCCCAACUAAAUAGUUUUCUUCAAGAUUAUCAAACACAAGACAUAGUGAAACCAGUCAUACCUGUAGUUCCUCAAAAGAGAUCUCCCACUGGUGUAGAAGGAGAGUGCCUGCCAGUUUGUGACACAAGUUUGAAUAUGAGUGAUAGUUUACUAUUUGACAGUUUCAGCGAUGACUACCUAGUAAAAGAACAACAACCUGCUGUGCAAGCGAAAGAACCCCUUCCUUCUGAAAUAACAUCAAAGCUUUUCAGUGAUUCUCUGUGUCAGUCACUGGAGGGCCCAAUUAAAAAGUCAAAUAUGAAUGAGAAUAAAGAUACACAGCAGCAGUUGACUUGUUUCAAUGAUGAAUCUAUUAUAUUUUCAGAAAUGGAUUCUGUUCAGAUGGUUGAAGUUUUGGACAACAUGGAUAUAUUUUCUGUCCAAGAGAAACAUAGUACUGCAGUAUCUCUUAGAGCAUUAGAACUAAAUGAUUCUGUAAUUGGAGGCAAUGAUCACUUCCAAGGAGAAGAAAUUGGAGUGGAUCAAGAUGCAAGGGCUCAAAAAUACAGAUUCACUGGGACCAGGCAAGAUAAUUCAUUCAUAUGGUCAGGGACAUCAUUUGAUCUCACUCCAGGACUACAGAGGAUUUUAGAUAAAGUGUCCAGUCCUUUAGAAAAUGAAAAGCUAAAAAUAAUGACUGUAAACUUGUGUACUUUGAAAGGAAAAAAUACAGAGUUACAUGGAAAACAAGAAGUGAUUUCAAACUUGGAGACAAAUCAAGUACCAGGAAUUUCAUUUUCUUCUAAUAAUGAAAUAAAAAGCAAGACCGAGGCACUAGACAACAAUGCCAAUCAUAGUGAAUCCUCAUCCCUCGUGCCUUGCAAAGAAAGCUGUGGAGUUGAUGAUCAUGGUCUCAUUCCUCCUACACCCAUUCCAACAUCUGCUUCUAUGCUGGCGUUUCCAGGGAUUCUUGGAACACCUGUAAAACAUCAGAAAACUAGUAAUAUUUUACAACCUGGUUCAAGUUAUUCACUUAGCUCACCUUCAGAUAUUAAAAACCACAAUUUAAGUCCAGAGAGUAGAAAUGGUUUCCAGGAUGACAGCCCUAUUAGAGACACAAGUUUUUCACUGCAGUUUUCACAGGAUAGCUUGCAGUUAACUCCAGCCUCAUGCAAUUCAGAGAGUUUGGCCAUAAUUGAUGUAGCAAGUGACCAAACUCUUUUUCAAACAUUCAUUAAGGAGUGGCGGUCCAAAAAACGAUUUUCCAUCUCACUGGCUUGUGAAAAGAUUAGAAGUUUGACAUCUUCUAAAACUGCUACUAUUGGUGGUAGGUUUAAGCAAGCCAUCUCACUUCAGGAAACUCCUAUUAGAGAGGAUGGAUUUCUUGUUAAAGGCUAUGAUGACAUCUUGGUGGUUGGACUGGCAAUAUGCUGGGGUGGAAGGGAUGCCUAUUAUUUUUCACUGCAGAAGGAGCAAAAGCAUUCUGAAAUUUGCGCCAGUUUGGUUCCACCUUCUCUAGAUCCAAGCCUGACUGUGAAAGACCGGAUGUGGCACCUUCAAUCUUGCUUGCAAAAGGAAUCUGAUAAAGAAUGUUCUGUUGUCAUCUAUGACUUCAUUCAGAGCUAUAAAAUUCUUCUUCUAUCUUGUGGCAUCUCCUUGGAGCAAAGUUAUGAAGAUCCUAAGGUGGCAUGCUGGCUACUAGAUCCAGAUUCUCAGGAGCCAACUCUUCAUAGCAUAGUUACCAGUUAUCUUCCUCAUGAACUUCCACUCCUAGAAGGGAUGGAGACUGGCCAAGGCAUUCAAGGCCUGGGGCUGAAUGUCAGCACUGAGCAUUCUGGACGAUACAGAGCAUCUGUAGAGUCCAUUCUAAUCUUCAACUCUAUGAAUCAACUUAACUCUUUGUUGCAGAAGGAAAACCUUCAAG